UCUUCUUCGAGUCUUCCUCUUGCUUCUUUCGUUUCUAGGUUGGCCAGUGAGAGAAAAGAGAGAGAGAGAGAGAGAUGAGGCUCAUAUCGCACAACCUGCUUUCCUGCAACAUCAAAGGAGUCAAAAACGGCUUUCCUCUGAAGAUCGAAGUCGGAGAAGUGAUUCAAAAGGAAGUCGAUUUCAACGCUGAUUUUCUCAGGCACAUGUUCGCGAAGAUCGAGUGGAAGGCUCUCGUGGAAGGCGCUCGCUCAAUGGGAUACACCGAGUUACCGGAAGAUUCGCCGGACGCGACGGUCCUUGAUUCCGCCGACGAUUCCUUCCUGAGGAAACUCCACCACGCGUUGCUCGAGCUUCAUCUUGAGGAAGGCGCGCUUGUCUGCCCCGAGACUGGACGGAAGUUCCCGGUGAGCAAGGGAAUCCCCAAUAUGCUUCUCCAUGAGGAUGAGGUUUAAUUAUAUAUUUUUUUUUGGUUCCUAUCUGUAAUUUACCGUCUAUGAUGAGUUUUUUUGGGGGUUUUUGUUAGAGUUUCUGGGUUUAAUUGCUUAAUGUAUUUGUGAUGUGAACCUUUUUAGUAAGAUAUAAUCCAUUCGCAUCAGUUUCUGGAUGUUGAAAUUGCUUUGUCUGCUUGAUGGCUUAUAGAGAAGAUUGUAUUGGACAAAUCG